UAUAGGAAGAGUGAGAAAUUUGGAAGGGGAUUAGACAAGGAGAGAGAGAGAGAGUGGGGAUUGCAUGAAGAAAGCCUGGAGAGAGAGGGAAUUGGAUGAAGAAAGCCUUGCUCGCAGCUGCAUCAAGAAAACCUUGUUGGCCUUUGCUUCCACGCCAGAACAUUGCAUCGCACUCCAUUUCUCGAUAUAGAGAGAGAGGGCAUCAGAAUAGAGAGAGAAAGAGGAGAGAGAGGGAGGCAUCAAAAUUUUGCACGUUUACUCUGACCAUGACGGAUGGCGUUUCGCCAAAUGCGGAGGUUUUAGAUACAAAACUCUCGCAUGAAUCUCACGCCACCACCGCUCUCUCCGGAAAAUCCAUGGAGAUCGAUGUGGAAGAAGCCAACAAAGGAGAAGAUAUCGAACCAGACAUGGAGGAAGAGAGCGAUCCUCCACGUUUUCGGGGAACCCUAGGUCUCCAUGAGUCCUCUAAUGGAGGAAAUGAUGCUGAAUUACAUGACGGUUGGCAAACGUAUGAGAAGAUGGAGCUCCCAGAAGAUCUUGCAAAAGGUGUGGUGCUUCUCAAUUGUGAGUCUUCAGUGCCUGGUGGUACCUGCGAUGUCUACUUGGUUGGGACUGCUCAUGUAUCUCAGGAGUCGUGCCGUGAAGUUCAAGCCAUCAUACGUUUCCUUAAACCGCAGGUCGUUUUUUUGGAGUUAUGCCCAAGUCGAGUGUCUAUUUUGACCACUCAAAAUCUAAAGGUCCCAAGUAUGAAUGAUAUGAUCGACAUGUGGAGGAAAAAGAAGAUGAAUGCUUUAGGAAUUAUGUAUAGCUGGUUUCUUGCCAAGGCUGCUGAGACACUGGAAGUCUUACCUGGCUCUGAGUUUCGUAUUGCGUAUGAAGAAGCAGUGAGUUAUGGAGCCAAGGUUAUUCUUGGUGACCGUCCUGUCCAUAUUACACUGCGGAGGACAUGGACAAGAAUGAGUGUGUGGCACAGGGUGAAAUUUUUAAUCUACGUAUUAUUUCAAUCCAUCUUUAUGCCAAGUCGUGAAGAACUCAACAAAAUGCUUGCACAGAUGAAUGAUGCCGACAUGUUGACCCUUGUGAUUCAAGAGAUGAGCAAGGUUUUCCCUUCUUUGAUGGAGACACUUGUGUUUGAGCGUGAUCUGUAUAUGUCCUCCACGUUAAACAAAGUUGCUAGUGAGCAUGCUUCAGUGGUUGCAGUUGUUGGAAAAGGGCAUGUGCUAGGAAUCAAGAAGAAUUGGGGUCAACCAGUUCCAUUAAAGACACUACUGGAAGUCCCUGCCAAACGAUCGAGUUGGCUAACUAUGAAAGCAUGGACAGCCCUUGGCGUUUCACUAACUGGGGCUGCCGUUCUUUCUGCCUAUUGUCUUUCGUGCAAGAGAUAACCCAUUUGUGUACUGAUUUUCCAUGGUAUUUGUGGAAGGUGUUCAAACCCUUGAUCGAUAUUAAAGACGCGGUGUGAACUACGGAAUAGUGAACUAUUUCGAUGUAACUUGAUUACUUGGGCCAUAAUUUGGUGGAGUAAUUUGUAAAUGGAAUUUUUUUUAUGAUUGGAAAAGGCAAAAUAGUUGACUACAAUGAUCUUGAGAAAGAAAACCAAUGCGGAUUUUGUGUUGGUCGGACCA